UUUAUAAAAAUUAUAACAAGGGUUAGAAUCACGUUUUGAUUAUUGUUUUUACAAUUGACAAUUGUUUAUUGUCAAUUUAAAACAAUAAAUUAUUUAACAAGUACUAAAAAAUUGACUGAUAAUUUUUUUUUAAAAUCAUAAAUCGGUCAGUUAUAUUACUUGGUUAUGUUAUUAUAUAAGUAAUUUAUUUAGAGUAAUUGUUUAAAAUUAAUAAAUUUAAAAUUAUGAGUGAGAAAAAUGAAAUUUUAAAGAAAGAAUUAAUCAGCGAAAAAGAAUAUAAUGUUAAAUUAGCAUUAUGUUCUGGACAUGCUAUUAAGUAUGCUUUUGGAUCAUUUUUUGUUGGUAUAAUAGCAAUACCUAUAAUACUUAAAGGUUUCAAGUUGUACCGAUUACCAAUAGAGGCACGAUUAUCAGCUGGAUUUCUCUCUGGUCUUCCAAUAUUAUAUUACUGCGGGAAAUACGCCCGAGAUACUUGUUUGAUUGAAGUCAAAGAUACCUAUAGAUAUAAUUAAACAAACAAACAUAAUGCAUUUAUUAAAAAAUAUAAAACAAACUUCACAAUUUAUUUUAUCAAACUACAAAAAAUUAUUAAACUGUAAUCAUAAAUUAAAUUCAAUAUGUAUCAAAAGAUUAAUACACGAUUACGAACACGAAUCAAUUGAUGAAGAUCCAACUGUAAAUAGAGAAUACGCAGAUUUAACUAAGCAGUAUUUGAAUCCAGCUCAACAUGGACACGGAACUUUAAUAUUGCAGCCGUAUAUUAAAUGGGGUGCUGAUAAAAAACGCAAUACGACUCCUCAGUUGCAAUUAGCCGAAGCAGAAGCGUUGAUAAGAACGUUACCACGUUGGUCAGUUGUUGAUUCACUCUGCAUAUCAUUGAUGACAUUGAAAAAAAAAAAGCUUUUAGGUAAAGGUAAUUUGAAGAUGCUUGAAGAACGGGUUAAACAUAAUCCGAAAAUAACAGCCUUAUUUGUAAGCGUUAAUUUAUUACGACCAGUCCAAAUUAAUGAAUUGCAAGACUUACUUGGAGUUCCAGUUUACGAUCGUUAUUCAAUAGUAAUUCAAAUAUUUCGUGAGCAUGCUAAGACACCAGAAGCUAAAUUACAAGUAGCACUUGCUGAGUUACCUUACAUAUGGAAAAAAUUAACCUGGACAACAGAAGACAGCGGUGGUCGAAUUAAUUUAUCUGAGAAACGUAAAUUAAUACUGCAUGCGCGUGAAUCAAAACUACGGAAUGCAUUAAGUAAAUUAAAAGAACACCGUAAAUUAAUACGCAGCAAUAGAUCUAGUAAAAAAAUACCCAGUGUUGCUAUUGUUGGUUACACUAAUUCUGGUAAAACUUGUUUAAUAAAAGCAUUGACUGGUGAUCAAUCAUUGAUGCCACAAAAUAAAUUAUUCGCAACUCUUGACACGACAGCACAUGAAGGUUUAUUGCCAUGUAGAUUGAAAGUUUUAUAUAUGGACACUAUUGGAUUUAUACAGGAUAUACCAGAAGGUCUUAUCGAACCUUUUGUUGCGACGUUUGAAGAUGCAAUAAUAGCUGAUGUCAUUGUUCACGUGUAUGACGCUAGUCAUCCAGAUAAAGAUGCUCAAAUAGAACAUGUAAGAGAAACACUUGAUAAAAUAAUGACCGAAUUGGAGACACCGGAUAAACCGAUAAUUGAAAUCGCUAAUAAGUGUGACGUUGCACCUACAGGCGCUGUACCUGACAAUGUUCUAGCUAUUUCAGCUCUUAAGUUAACAGGUAUUGAUUUGCUGAGACGACAAAUAGAGAAACAUAUAUUGGAAGUAACUGGUCGUAAAUCAUUAAAAAUACGUGUACUGUCAGGAAGUAAUAUCGCUGCUUGGUUGUACAAAGAAACUACUGUAACAGAUACUGAAGCUGAUUUGAAUAAUCUGCAGUACAUGUUUAUAACGUCACUCGUUACGGACCAACAAAUGCAUCGAUUUAAAAAAUUUAUAAAAGAGCAAAGUGCUAGUUAAUAUUUAUAGAUAUUAAUAAUAAAAUAAAAAUUGUUUAAAAUAAUAAUAAUAA